AUGUCUAUUGAGCUCCCACCUUUUCUAUUCCCAGCGCGGAACCUCCGUGUAAUCCAUAGAAAAUUUAUUUAUUUGCGACCAGUCCUAAAAAUUCGACAACGAACCUUUUCUGAUGAGCGAUUGCCCUCUCAAUAUCAUCUGUUUCGGGAUACCAGAGUUUCUAAAUUUCAUAACCCAAGACGAGCUGCAUCACGUCGUAACUUAUCUGACUCUAGCAAUAACGAUGAGGACCAAAACCAGAAUUUUACCGUCAGAAGAACAACAGUCGCUCGGGGAGUAGAAGCUCCGCAGCCAGGUGCAUGGAAUUUUAACCCUUAUACAAUUUCCUUCGAAGGAGAACCUCAAGAAAAGAAAAGUACCUACAACGAAAGUAUCAAUACGAGGGAAAAUUAUGAACUCGACGACUUUGAAAUGCCCAUAGAUGACACUCAAAUUGAACUGGAAGAGGUCCAUGAUGAAGAUUUUUUUCAGGACGGGAAUGAAGAACAUCUGAAUCUAGACGAAGGACGGUAUGAGCAAAAUUCUACCAUAACAGCCUCUGAAAAACAUGCGUUCCAAAAGAUCUUCAAAAAUAUAUUUGAGACUAAACAGUGGGCAGAAAAAUCUGCUAUAUUUGGCGAAUCUAUCGAUAGUGACAAUGAUACUGAUGCUGAGUUGAGUAGAAACCGUCGUCGUGAAGCCGAUAAUCAACUCACACAAAUUAUAUCGGAGUCAUACUUCCAGACCCCCAAAACCAAGGAAGAAAUAGAAAACGUGGUCAAACAAUAUCCCCCAGCCUUACAAGCCAGUGCUGCGCAGGCUAUGGGGCUUGACGAUUUAAUAGAAGGGGAAAAUAUCGUCAACUCUGAUAGAAAUUCCGAUCAGUACUACAGCUCCAUCGAUAUCAAAGCAGAUCUCUCUGACAAGACUAAAAUACUGAGUGAACAGAAGCGAAUAAAAGAUCUUGAAGCCAAGAUUGAGUCUGUCAGGGAGUCAGAACAAUCCCGAGUUGAAGCACUUAUGCGUGCUGCCCAGACUGACUUUGAACUAUGGAAAGUCCUCGAAGAUGAGGUGUUUAUUUUGGUAAAGAAGAUGGGCUUAGAAGAAAUUCCUAAGCCAGUAAUAGAAUUAUCACCAGUGCGGCUGAAAAAGACAAAAAGUAGAAAGCUAUCGAACUCCAAAUCUAAAGGACUCAUUUCAGUUAAUAUGCCACUACUCGAAAAAAGCAUGCGACUUGACCAGAAAAAUAUUCCAACAGAUGAAUUAGCAUCCCAACAUAAUGUUCCGCCCCUUCAACUCUAUGGCCCUCUAUAUCCUUCAUAUCUUCUCCUUGGGCUUCGUCUCCUAGACCGCUCUUUUUCUAGGCCUUCCCCCUUAGCACUAUCUAUUCUUCCAAAGAUCAAAUCUUUAGGAUACAUCUCCCGUGUUCUAGGUGCGAGCACGCAAUUGUAUAACGAAUUACUCCUUAUCUACUGCUAUCGGCAGAAUUAUUUCCAGGGAAUGUUACGACUCCUGGAAGAAAUGGAAUUUAGUUCCUUAGUUAUGAACCAGGAAACGCUAAAUAUUGUCGUGCAACUUAGUCGGACACAGGAUCGUAUCAGACAAGGUACACAAGGGGUUGGGAUGAGUCAACUCUGGGCUCUCCCUAAUUUUGCUAGAGGAAGAUUUGGGCCGUGGAGAGAUCAUUUGCGGGAGAAAAUCGAAUCUGAACGGCUGCUGCAGCAAAAAGAUUCAGCUUGGAUGAGGUCCGGAUUACUUCCACGCUCUAAGCAGGUAGGUUAA